AUCAGGCUUGCUGCUGACCACCAUCUCCCUCCGCCCCCCUUCUUCGUUCUCCGUUCUCCUCCCAUGCGCUUUCUUUUGAUUCCGCUGCUUUUUGUCGGCGCAUUUGCGUCGCCUGUCAUCGUCCCUGGGGAGUCUCAGCAGGUCCUCACAGAAGGUAGCCUUACUGAUGACGGGGAUGUCUUCCCGGGCUGGUACGACCCGAGGCAGUACGGCGGACGAUUUCUUGAUUACGCAACGAAGAGGGGACGCGGGGAACCACUGAAUGUUAUCAUAUCUGCGCACUCUGAUCCUUUCGUUCUUACCGAGGCCGGAUUCCUCGCAUACUCCCAAUCCAUCGGCUUCGCUCAGGAAUGCCUAGGGCUGCAUAAGGGCUACGUCCACGAAGCCGAUCUUGGGAAUGGUAGGGAGUUUGAACACUACCUGCACCGCGAGUCCUACUUCCCCGUCCUUGGCACGUGCUGGGAGAGCCUCGCGGGCGGUAACCACUUCCGCGCCUGGAAGCAGAACGGCACCCUCGCGAACAGCGGCGCAUGGUUCUUGGGCGUAUCCCGCGAGAAGGACACGAGCAAGCACCAUAUGAUCGUGCCCAAUGGCUACAACCUCGGUCGCGACUGGCUCGUUGAGCGCGCCGUCGCCGGCUCGAGGUGGAGGGGCAACUGGUGGAAGGCUGACGUCGAGUGGCGCGCAGGCUUGCUGGAGCCCGGCAAGAGAGGCGUCAAUCACGGAAUCGAGCAAGACGGUCUUGUUGCGAUACUCACCGUCAAGAGGUUGUAACGCUGUUGCGCAGCGCUAUAUCCGUCCUUUAGAUCGCCCGCGGCCUGCGACGGGCCACAACCUAGACUCUUCACGCACACUCCCCUUUCGGGCUCUGCGAAGUGACAGUUUCCUGUUUUUCUGACUCACGAUAUUUACGACGAUCUCUCGAUUGAUUCUGGAUCUCACUCAUUUCUUCUUUUCAACAAUGUUUUACCUCUCCAUCUCAAUGUCUUAAUUAAUUAUGUACUCCCCCCCAUUGGCUUCGACGUACGGGACCUUUACGAUCCUCGCGCGCUAGCCAAUUGUAGCCACCUGCUCCCUGGUCGCUUGCGCCCUUGCGAGUAGGUUGUACAACUGUCAACCUACCCGCGCUAGAUGGUACCCUCGCCUGCCUUGGUUAGGUUACCACUGUCUGUAUUUGUAUAGUAUGCACCCUCCGUCUAAUAUACGGACUUGUCUUUGUGCCGAAGUGAUUUGUUCCAAC